AUGGACUUCCACACCCUCUCAAGGAAGGAGCUUCAGACCCUCUGCAAGAAGAACAAGAUUCCAGCUAACAUCACCAACUUGGCCAUGGCUGAAGCUCUCGCCGCUCUUCCCCAAGUUGAAGGAUUGGAUGAAAUUUUGAAUCCAACGGAAGCUGAAGGAGUAGUUGAAGAAGAGAACAAAGAUGCCAAUGUACCAGUUACUCCUGCUAUGGUGCAACGUAGCAGGAGGAGGGUCCCUGCAGUUUCUACUCGCAGAAAGAAAGAAACUGAGAUGCUGGAAGAUGAAGGAAAGCCUAAAACUCCUGCUGCAGCCCCAAGCAGUAGGAGAAGAGUUACUGGCCGUUCGGUUUGCACCAAAACUGAAACCCCUGGUGGUACUACUUCAGUACAGCAAGGAUAUAGCACCAGGAGGUCGGUUAGAUUGUUGGGGAAGAACUUGUCCAAGAUGGGUUUGAUGGACAAGAUUGAUAAUGUUUCUGAAGAAUUGAGUAAUGUCUCUCAGCAAGAGGAAGACUCAGCAGAGACUGAAAAGGGGGAUAGUUUGCAGACUGUAUCAACUGUGGUUUCUGAGAAUACCGAUGAAAUGGAAGUUUCUUCUCAAGAAAACAACACUGGUUAUCAAUGCCAGCCUCAUGACUCAGGUUCAGAAGUUCAAUUAGUUUCUGGGACAGAAAAUGAUGCGGAGGCUGGGUUGGAGAUUGAGCCACAAGAGGAGGGUUUAGGGAAAGUCAAUUACUUGGAGGCUGAAUCACAUGGUUCAAAUUUAAAAAUGGAAGAAAGUUCUGAUGCAUAUGAUGAUUCAAAUGAAGCAGGAUCUAAGUUGUUAUCUGAACUUGUGGAUACGUUUGAUUCUUCUGAACAAGAAUAUAAGGAAUGCCUUGGAACCAAGCAAGAUGCGUUGUCUGUUGAGGAAUCUGAAGAUGCUGUUAAAGCGUUUACUGACCAAGAUAUUGCUGGUUUGACUGUUGAGAUGUCUGAAGAUGUCGUUGUUGAGGUUACUGUCCAAGAUACUGCCCCUGUAACUGUUGUGGUGCCUGAUGAUGCUUCAAUGGAUGUCACUGACCAAGGUGUUGCUUGCUCGCUUCAGAAUUUUGAACCAAUAAAUGGUGGUGAUGAAAAAGCGGCUGCUGAUAAGGACUUGGCAAGCUCUGAAGGGGUUCUUGAGCUGGGUGAGCACCAUGAAGAAGAAUUAGAAUUGGAAGCCAAAUCAGAGCAGUUGGAAGAUGAGGAAGAGAUGGAGAAAAUUGAUAAUGCUUCUGAUGUUACUGGUGCAUCUUCUGCUAUUAUAACUGUAGAAAAGGAUGACGGUUCUGAGAUGGUUUGCAUGGAAGCUGAAAAUUUCACUUUUGAAUCUUCAUUGAUGGAUGUAGACGUGAAUAAAGAAGAGGACCAGAAGGAUAAUUCUGAGAAAUUGGAAGCUGAAGUCCAAGCUGAGGAACUUGCUGAAGACACUGCAUCUUCUGCAGAGACUUGUAAUCAAACAAUUCAAUCACUUGUUUCUGACCAGUUAAAUGGAGAGUCCCUUGUCCCGGCUCAGCUAGAAACAAAGGAUGAUGCAAAUGAAAUUCAAACAGUUCCAAAGAUGAUCAUGAAGGAAAACCUGACCGGUAAUGAAUUACAGAAGAAUAGUGUGCGGCAGCUCAAGAAGAUGUUGAAGCUAAGGCUAGAUGGUAAAUCAAACUGCAAUACUGAUGAUGUUGUAAAGGAAGUGGAGAGGAAAAGAACUGCACUGCAGGCACUGCCAGAGAAUCGGAUGACAAUGGAUGAAGCUCAGAAGAAUGAUGCUGAAUAA